GAUGCCUCUCAUGUGCAUGACUUUUUCAAUAAUAUUUACUGAAACACACACAACGAUGUAGUUAUAAGAAAAACCGGCAUCCGCGAAGCCCAAGUUAAAAUAAAUUGCAGAAUGGAUGCUUUAAGCGUGUUAAUUGCAAUAGCCCUGAUACAUUGCUCGUUAUUCUUUUUUGAUACGCUUUUUAAGUCCUGCUCACAUUUUCCAUAUCUUUAUUUCCUGGAAAACACUGGUUUAGAGAUUCAGAUACUGAGAGUGAAAUGGUUUACUACAGCUUUCAAUCGCAAGAUAAUAAAAUGGGGAAUGGAUCGCUCUAGAUUUUGGACUGCCUGGUUUAACGCUGGCAUCAUUAUAACCGUUAUACUUUUUCCAAUAGCUGUUAUCAUUAUUUUAAAGAUGACAUUUAACAUGUGGCUAGCUGGAUCCUCAAGUGAUACCAGUUCAGGAGUCAUAUUAGAGCCCAUGUUACCAGGCGUGGAUGUUCCUUUUAAUGAAAUUGGUUAUUAUGCAGCAACGCUGGCAAUAUGUAGUAUAGUUCAUGAGUUAGGACAUGCCUUUGCUGCAGCGAGAGAAGAUGUACAAUUGUUUGGUUUAGGAAUAUUAAUUGUUUUUACAAUUCCAAUAGCUUAUGUACAUAUAAGCAAUGAACAAUUAACUGCAUUACCAUUAAGAAAUCAAUUACGUAUUGCAUGCGCAGGAAUUUGGCAUAAUAUUAUCCUUGCUACAAUAGCUGCGGCAAUUCUUGUGUUUUCUACAUGGCUAUGGGCACCACUUUAUAAUAUAGGUUCCGGGAUUUAUGUGAAGACUAUUCUACCUAAUUCACCUAUGUUAGGGCCAAGUGGUCUUUUGGAACAUGAUGUGAUAUACAAAUUAAAUAACUGUCCUGUAAAACAUAGUGAGGAUUGGUACGAUUGUAUAUUGCAAACAAUGCAACAUUCCGCUCCUGGCUAUUGUGUUAAGCAAUCUUUUAUCCAAGACUAUGAUGAAUCAGUACCAGCUAAGCAGAAAACGAACGGUGCUGUAAAUUGUUGUACAACCGAUAGUGAAAUGAGUGGCAAUCAAUGUUUCGAAUACAUAGAAGGACCGCAAACAGCCCCUCUUCAUUUGCCUCCGCACUCUUGCCUUCCAGUAAGAGCAAUGCUCAAUCAAUCACAAAAUUACUGUCAAACUAGUCACGAAUGUUUAUCUCAGGACACUCAUUGUAUGAAACCUUCUUUAGAUAAUGUGACAAAGAUUAUCCAAAUAAAGAGGAAGAUAGGUAAAGAUGUGUUAUUUUUUGGUCAUCCAGCAGAUAUUUAUAGGACUGUCGAUGUAUCGGAUUGGGUGCCAAAAUAUUCUUUCCUAUAUCCCAAAUUACCUGAAUCAUUGGCGUUACUUUGCAAAUACAUCACGGUAUUUUCAGCAGGGUUGGCAAUCAUUAAUGUUGUGCCUUGCUUCUUUCUGGACGGUCAAUAUAUCUUAAAUAUACUUGUACUUUAUUUAUUGAAUUCCGUGCCACAUAACAAAAAUAUCAGAGAAAGCACAAUACUUACAAUAACAAGUAUAGGUACAUUACUUCUUAUAAUGAACUUAAUGUAUUUGCUUAUUAAUAAAUUAUUGUAAGUAAUCAU